CGUCGGUACGGUAUCAUUGAUCACAGUGACUUCAGCAGCAACGCACCACAACACCAUCCCUCACUUACCCAGCAUAAUGGCAUUCAAGUUCGUCGUCUUCCUCGCUUCGUUGGCCGUUGCCAGCGCCGGAUACCUGGAGGCUCCGGUUGCCCACUACUCGCCGGCCUCGUCGGUCAGCUACAGCAGCCUGGCCCACGCCGCCCCUCUGGCCUACGCCGCCCCGCUGGCCACCAAGACCGUUGCGUACUCGUCCCCGGCCAUCGGAUCCACCCACGAGAGCACCAUUCGUGGUCAUGAUGCCACCGUGUCGCACCACUCCAAGGCCGUCGAUACCGCGUUCUCGAGCGUCCGCAAGUCCGACACCCGCAUCACCAACGAAGCCCCCAAGCUGGCCUACACCAGCUACGCUGCCCCAGCUCUGACCACCUACGCCCAUGCCCCGGUCGCCACCUACGCCCAUGCCGCCCCAGUUGCCACCUACGCCAAGCAGGUUAGCUACGCUGCCCCAGCCGUCACCACCUACGCCCAUGCUGCCCCAGCUGUCGCUACCUAUGCCCAUGCCGCCCCGGUCGCCACGUACGCCCAUGCCGCCCCGGUUGUGGCCGCCCAUGCCACCAAGACCCUGACCUACUCGCCAGCCGUCGAGGUCGCCCAUGUCUCGUACGAGGGAGCUCAUGCCCAUUAUGCCUGGUAAACACAUUGCCGCACACGAGGAAACUAUCCUGAUACAAUGAUCACAGUGAAGCGUUGUGUCUAUUUUUAUUGAAAUGUCUGUUGUUGUUUUGUUAUGACAGCACACGCGUCCAACGUCAUCGGAAGUGUGUUUUGAAUAAAAUAGAUGCAAU